AUGGAGAAGGACGCGGAUGGAUUCUACUCCCCAGCAGCACCAGGUAUCAGCGGACAAAAGGAACAGCCUGCAGAGGAAGCCGACGACGCGACGGAUCUCAUCAAGUCCUCCUUCGAGGUCUCGGUCACAUUAGCCGACCAGCAAGCCGACCCGAACUCGCCGCUCUACAGCGCAAAGACAUUUGAGCAGCUUGGCCUUCAUGCUGACCUCCUCAAGGGGAUUUACGACAUGGGCUUCUCCAAGCCGUCCAAGAUCCAAGAACGCGCCCUGCCCCUCCUCUUGUCAAAUCCACCGACCAACAUGAUCGGCCAGUCGCAGUCGGGCACGGGCAAGACGGCGGCGUUCGUGUUGACGAUGCUUAGUCGGGUGGACUUCACGAAGAACAAGACGCAGGCCCUCUGCCUCGCCCCCUCGCGCGAACUCGCGCGGCAAAUCAUGUCCGUCGUCGUCGCAAUGGGCAAGUUCACGCCCGUGCAGACGGAGUACGCGAUCAAGGACAGCCUGCCCAAGGGCGCGUCACGCGUCUCGGCGCAGGUCGUCGUCGGGACGCCCGGGACGAUGACGGACCUGAUACGCCGGAAGGUGAUCGACGUGUCGGAGGUGAAGGUGUUCGUGCUCGACGAGGCGGAUAACAUGCUCGACCAGGACGGCCUGGGCGACCAGACGCUCCGGGUCAAAAACAUGCUCCCGCGCACGGGCGUGCAGAUCAUCCUGUUCUCGGCGACGUUCCCGGAUCAUGUGCGGACGUUUGCGGCGAAGUUUGCGCCGAGCGCGAACAAGAUCGAGCUGCAGAAGAACGACCUGACGGUGGACAACAUCCACCAGUUCUAUCUCGACUGCAAGAACGAGGAGCACAAGUACGACGUGCUCGUGUCGCUGUAUGAGCUCCUCACUAUAGGGCAGAGCAUCAUCUUCUGCCAGCACCGACACACGGCGGACCGGAUCGCGCAGCGGAUGACGCUGGAGGGACACAAGGUCGCGUCGCUGCACGGCGCGAAGGACGCGUCGGAGCGCGACUCGAUCAUCGACUCGUUCCGCGAGGGCCGCGAGAAGGUGCUGAUCACGACGAACGUGAUCGCGCGGGGGAUCGACAUCCUGCAGGUGAACAUGGUCGUCAACUACGACCUCCCGCUGCUCAACGAGCGCGACAACUGGGGGAACAAGUCCGACGCCCGCCCCGACAUCGAGACGUACAUCCACCGCAUCGGUCGGACGGGUCGGUUCGGGCGCAAGGGCAUCUCAAUAAACUUCGUGCACGACAAGGGGACCUGGGCGCACAUGGAGCAGAUCGAGAGCGCGACCGGGAAGCACAUCCAGCGGAUAGGGACGAACGACCUGGACGAGAUGGAGAGCAAAUGAAGAAGGCCCUGAAGUGAACUUUGUACCCCGACCCGACCCACCACGCCUGUACCCUGUAGCUCUCUGUUCGUAAUGCGCCCCCUCGCAACGGAUACCAACCAAUAUCGCUGUAUACUCGCUCCCUCACGGAAUCCUUUGUAUGUAACCGCUAUGGUAAUCUGUCACGCCCUGGGCGAUCAGCGGUGGCACCAGGCAUGAGGUGUGUAUCGGUCUUCGAGUUGCCCCGAGACUGAGGUAAACUCAUAGUGUGCUGUAUAUUUGCCUUUUGAUUGACGUCCGCGGAUAUGACGCCAAGCUGCAUCUGAUCGCGC